AUGUGUACGUUAUGUUGGCUAUGACAUGCUGUGUCUGUGGUUUUUGAGUGUCUUAUUGCCUGUUGGUCCACAUAUUUCAUUAUAUUGAUUGUGUUCCCCUUACUCUUUAUAAUAUAUAUGUUUAUAGAUAUGUGUUGUGUAUUUGAUGUAUUGAUGCAGGGCAAAAGUAUUGAUGCAGGGCUCACCCCCUGCUAAAAUAAAGGUUAAAUAAAAUAAGUAAUAGUAAACUUGAGUUCUGACUGUAUCUUUAAAAAUCCUCAAUAGUGGUAGAGACUGACUCAGAUGACCUUUGGGAGCCAACUCCAAAGAGACCACAUUCAAGUCCUCCAUCCCCCACUCAUUCAAACAUCAGAACUGGUUCAUCCAGUCUGACCCCUGCUGCUGUCUCUGGCUCCACACCCACCCCUGCCCGGCCAUCUAGAGGUGUGAAGAGGCCAGCCCAGAAGCGGAGGAGGGCCAGUGCACCAGCAGCAACUACCACCGAGGGAGAGGACCGUUGGCAUACUGUGCUAGAGGAUGAUGUGGAGCCACUUCCACCAACAUUUUGACCUAUAAGGCAGCUAGUACCUCAGCUGGACAUGACUGGAAAGUACAGCCCCCUUCAUCUUUUCCAGACGUUUUUCUCCUUGUCAGUUCUUGGUUCGCUGGUGUCUAACACCAACAAGUAUGGGGCUAAGAAGCAAGCAGGCAAGAAAGAGGAAUAGAAGCCCAUUUCCAUCCAAGACCUAUACUGUUACAUCUCACUGGUCAUUUACAUGGGGCUUGUGAAGUUGAAAAACCUGAAGGACUACUGGAGAAGCUCAAGACUCUACCAACUGCCUUUCCCCACCACUGUCAUGUCUUCUAACAGGUUUCUGACUAUCUCGCGGGCGCUUCAUAUCAGUGACCCACAAGCUGACGACUACAAUGAGAAGAAGAGAGGCACAGCAAGCUUUGAUAGGCUCUGCAAAAUCAAACCUCUCUACUCCAGCAUUGCUUGGAAAAUUCCAGAAAAUGAUGUCAUGGCUUUAGAAGCUUCUGAUAAGCUAAUUGACAUCAUUUGAGUCAAUUGGUGUGCCUGUGGAUGUAUUUCAAGGCCUACCUUCAAUCUCAGUGCCUCUUUGCUUGACAUCAGGGGAAAAUCAAAAUAAAUCAGCCAAGACCUCAGAACAUAAAUUGUAGACCUCCACAAGUCUAGUUCAUCCUUGGGAGCAAUUUCCAAACGCCUGAAGGUACCACGUUCACCUGUACAAACAAUAGUACGCAAGUAUAAACACCAUGGGACCACGCAGUCGUCAUACCGCUCAGGAAGGAGACGCGUUCUGUCUCCUAGAGAUGAACGUACUUUGGGGUGAAAAGUGCAAAUCAAUCCCAGAACAACAGCAAAGGACCUUGUGAAGAUGCUGGAGGAAACAGGUACAAAAGUAUCUAUAUCCACAGUAAAACGAGUCCUAUAUCGACAUAACCUGAAAGGCCGCUCAGCAAGGAAGAAGCCACUGCUCCAAAACCGCCAUAAAAAAGCCAGACUACGGUUUGCAACUGCACAUUGGGACAAAGAUCGUACUUUUUGGAGAAAUGUCCUCUGGUCUGAUGAAACAAAAAUAGAACUGUUUGGCCAUAAUGACCAUCGUUAUGUUUGGAGGAAAAAGGGGGUUGCUUGCAAGCUGAAGAACACCAUCCCAACCGUGAAGCACAGGGGUGGCAGCAUCAUGCUGUGGGGGUGCUUUGCUGCAGGAGGGACUGGUGCACUUCACAAAAUAGAUGGCAUCAUGAGGAAGGAAAAUUAUGUGGAUAUAAUGAAGCAGAAUAUCAAGACAUUAGUCAGGAAGUUAAAGCUUGGUCGCAAAUGGGUCUUCCAAAUGGACAAUGACCCCAAGCAUACUUCCAAAGUUGUGGUAAAAUGGCUUAAAGACAACAAAGUCAAGGUAUUGGAGUGGCCAUCACAAAGCCCUGACCUCAGUCCUAUUGAAAAUGUGUGGGCAGAACUGAAAAAGCGUGUGCGAGCAAGGAGGCCUACAAACCUGACUCAGUUACACUAGCUCUGUCAGGAGGAAUGGGCCAAUAUUCACACAACUUAUUGUGGGAAGCUUGUGGAAGGCUACCCGAAAUGGUUAACCUAAGUUAAACAAUUUAAAGGCAAUGCUACCAAAUACUAAUUGAGUGUAUGUAAACUUCUGAUUCACUGGGAAUGUGAUGAAUGAAAUAAAAUCUGAAAUAAAUUAUUCUCUCUACUAUUAUUCUGACAUUUCACAUUCUUAAAAAUAAAGUGGUGAUCCUAACUGACCUAAAACAGGGAAGUUUUACUAGGAUUACAUUUCAGGAAUUGUGAAAAACUGAAUUUAAAUGUAUUCGGCUAAGGUGUACAGUGAGGGAAAAAAGUAUUUGAUCCCCUGCUGAUUUUGUACGUUUGCCCACUGACAAAGAAAUGAUCAGUUUAUAAUUUUAAUGGUAGGUUUAUUUGAACAGUGAGAGACAGAAUAACAAAACAAAAAUCCAGAAAAACGCAUGUCAAAAAUGUUAUAAAUUGAUUUGCAUUUUAAUGAAGGAAAUAAGUAUUUGACCCCCUCUCAAUCAGAAAGAUUUCUGGCUCCCAGGUGUCUUUUAUACAGGUAACGAGCUGAGAUUAGGAGCACACUCUUAAAGGGAGUGCUCCUAAUCUCAGUUUGUUACCUGUAUAAAAUACACUUGUCCACAGAAGCAAUCAAUCAAUCAGAUUCCAAACUCUCUACCAUGGCCAAGACCAAAGAGCUCUCCAAGGAUGUCAGGGACAAGAUUGUAGACCUACACAAGGCUGGAAUGGGCUACAAGACCAUCGCCAAGCAGCUUGGUGAGAAGGUGACAACAGUUGGUGCGAUUAUUCGCAAAUGGAAGAAACACAAAAUAACUGUAAAUCUCCCUCUGCCUGGGGCUCCAUGCAAGAUCUCACCUCGUGGAGUUGCAAUGAUCAUGAGAACGGUGAGGAAUCAGCCUAGAACUACACGGGAGGAUCUUGUCAAUGAUCUCAAGGCAGCUGGGACCAUAGUCACCAAGAAAACAAUUGGUAACACACUACGCCGUGAAGGACUGAAAUCCUGCAGCGCCCGCAAGGUCCCCCUGCUCAAGAAAGUACAUAUACAGGGCCAUCUGAAGUUUGCCAAUGAACAUCUGAAUGAUUCAGAGGAGAACUGGGUGAAAGUGUUGUGGUCAGAUGAGACCAAAAUCGAGCUCUUUGGCAUCAACUCAACUCACCGUGUUUGGAGGAGAAGGAAUGCUGCCUAUGACCCCAAGAACACCAUCCCCACCGUCAAACAUGGAGGUGGAAACAUUAUGUUUUGGGGGUGUUUUUCUGCUAAGGGGACAGGACAACUUCACCGCAUCAAAGGGACGAUGGACGGGGCCAUGUACCGUCACAUCUUGGGUGAGAACCUCCUUCCCUCAGCCAGGGCAUUGAAAAUGGGUCGUUGAUGGGUAUUCCAGCAUGACAAUGACCCAAAACACACGGCCAAGGCAACAAAUGAAUGGCUCAAGAAGAAGCACAUUAAGGGCCUGGAGUGGCCUAGCCAGUCUCCAGACCUUAAUCCCAUAGCAAAUCUGUGGAGGGAGCUGAAGGUUCGAGUUGCCAAACGUCAGCCUCAAAACCUUAAUGACUUGGAGAAGAUCUGCAAAGAGGAGUGGAACAACAUCCCUCCUGAGAUGUGUGCAAACCUGGUGGCCAACUACAAGAAACGUCUGACCUCUGUGAUUGCCAACAAGGGAAUUGCCACCAAGUCCUAAAUCAUGUUUUGCAGAGGGGUCAAAUACUUAUUUCCCUCAUUAAAAUGCAAAUCAAUUUAUAACAUUUUUGACAUGCGUUUUUCUGGAUUUUUUUGUUGUUAUUCCAUCUCCCACUGUUCAAAUAAACCUACCAUUUAAAUUAUAGACUGAUCAUGUCUUUGUCAGUGGGCAAACGUACAAAAUCAGCAGGGGAUCAAAUACUUUUUUCCCUCACUGUAUGUAAACUUCCGACUUCAACUGUAUGCAUAACAAGCCAACAAAGAGUGGUUACAAACAGUUUGUUUUGGCCGAUUCUGUGUGUGCCUACACUUGGAAUUGUUUUGUUUACGAGGGUAAAUCCAUCUCAGCCACAGGUAAGGGACUUAGUUAUGAUUCCGUUAUGGAAUUUUUGGAUUUUCCACUGCUGGGGAUGGGCCACAAACUAUUUGUGGACAACUUUUACACAAGCCCUACCCUGUUUACAGACCGGAGGAAGCUGAAUGUAUUGUCUUGUGGCACCAAUCGUCCCAACAGAGUGGGUGUUCCCAAAAUGAAAGUAAACGACAUGCCUAAGAGAGCUGAUAGGGGUACCAUGCGAUGAAUUCGUAAAGAUGACCUGCUCUUUGUAAAGUGGAUGGAUACCAGAGAGGUGGUCAUGUGUUCCAGUAUCCACAAAUCGUACAGUGGCAAUCACGUCAGCAGGUCGUUUGAAGGAUGCUAAUGGGGCAUGGACCAAGAAACAUUUCCCCAUUCCAGCUGCUGUAAAGGAUUACAACAAGGGCAUGGGAGGUGUGGACCUGUCAGACGUGCUGAUAGGCUACUACAAUGUUUUCCACAAGACAAUGAAAUGGUACAAGACAACUGAGAUUCUAUCACUUCAUCGGCAUUGCUGUGGUGAAUGCAUUCAUCCACCAGAAGGAAAUGGCUAAGAGCUGUGGACAGACCCCCAUGACACAGCUAGCCUUCAGAGAGCUGCUCAUCCAGGAGCUUCCUGACUAUGGCACAAAGUCCACUGCAGCACCUUCUGUCCCCUCUACCUCUGUCCCCUCUACUCCUGCCACCAGUGGUGUUCACCUGCCAAAAUACACUGCUCAAAAAAAUUAAAGGGAACACUUAAACAACACAUCCUAGAUCUGAAUGAAUGAAAUAAUCUUAUUAAAUACUUUUUUCUUUACAUAGUUGAAUGUGCUGACAACAAAAUCACACGAAAAUUAUCAAUGGAAAUCAAAUGUAUCAACCCAUGGAGGUCUGGAUUUGGAGUCACCCUCAAAAUUAAAGUGGAAAACCACACUACAGGCUGAUCCAACUUUGAUGUAAUGUCCUUAAAACAAGUCAAAAUGAGGCUCAGUAGUGUGUGUGGCCUCCACGUGCCUAUAUGACCUCCCUACAACGCCUGGGCAUGCUCCUGAUGAGGUGGCGGAUGGUCUCCUGAGGGAUCUCCUCCCAGACCUGGACUAAAGCAUCUGCCAACUCCUGGACAGUCUGUGGUGCAACGUGGCGUUGGUGGAUGGAGCGAGACAUGAUGUCCCAGAUGUGCUCAAUUGGAUUCAGGUCUGGGGCACGGGCGGGCCAGUCCAUAGCAUCAAUGCCUUCCUCUUGCAGGAACUGCUGACACACUCCAGCCACAUGAGGUCUAGCAUUGUCUUGCAUUAGGAGGAACCCAGGGCCAACCGCACCAGCAUAUAGUCUCACAAGGGGUCUGAGGAUCUCAUCUCGGUACCAAAUCAGGCUACCUCUGGCGAGCACAUGGAGGGCUGUGCGGCCCCGUAAAGAAAUGCCACCCCACACCAUGACUGACCCACCACCAAACCAGUCAUGCUGGAGGAUGUUGCAGGCAGCAGAACGUUCUUCAUGGCGUCUCCAGACUCUGUCAUGUCUGUCACAUGUGCUCAGUGUGAACCUGCUUUCAUCUGUGAAGAGCACAGGGCGCCAGUGGCAAAUUUGCCAAUCUUGUUGUUCUCUGGCAAAUGCCAAACGCCCUGCACGGUGUUGGGCUGUAAGCACAACCCCCACCUGUGGACGUCAGGCCCUCAUACCACUCUCAUGGAGUCUAUUUCUGACCGUUUGAGCAGACACAUGCACAUUUGUGGCUGCUGGAGGUCAUUUUGCAGGGCUCUGGCAGUGCUCCUCCUGCUCCUCCUUGCACAAAGGCGGAGGUAGCAGUCCUGCUGCUGGGUUGUUGCCCUCCUACGGCCUCCUCCACGUCUCCUGAUGUACUGGCCUGUCUCCUGGUAGCGCCUCCAUGCUCUGGACACUACACUGACAGACACAGCAAACCUUCUUGCCACAGCUCGCAUUGAUGUGCCAUCCUAGAUGAGCUGCACUACCUGAGCCACUUGUGUGGGUUGUAGACUCCGUCUCAUGCUACCACUAGAGUGAAAGCACCACCAGCAUUCAGAAGUGACCAAAACAUCAGCCAGGAAGCAUAGGAACUGAGAAGUGGUCUGUGGUCACCACCUGCAGAACCACUUCUUUAUUGGGGGUGUCUUGCUAAUUGCCUAUAAUUUCCACCUGUUGUCUAUUCCAUUUGCACAACAGCAUGUGACAUUUAUUGUCAAUCAGUGUUGCUUCCUAAGUGGACAGUUUGAUUUCACAGAAGUGUGAUUGACUUGGAGUUACAUUGUGUUGUUUAAGUGUUCCCUUUAUUUUUUUGAGCAGUGUACAUAACUGCAGACCUGAAUGUGCCUCAGGGCCAAAAGAGCACAGCAGGAAGGCGUCGUUGUACUCUGUGCCACAAUCUCCCAUCACCUGCACUACUUGUGCUGUUACCCUCUUCUUCACAGCAGAAAGAGACUGCUAUGGGACUUGGCAUCAGCAGAACAAUCUUGUGUAGAGGACUGUGGGUGUUCUAAAUACUCUAAUUGUAAAUAGUGUGUAAAUAGUUUUUUUUUUUCACUUUGUGUGUGGCUUGUGGUGUGUGCACUUAUUACAUUAGAUCAGUGUUGGCUGCUAACUUGGCCCUUAUCUGAAAUAGUUAACUUCUGUGUUGGGAGGCAUUGGAUCAGCGUUCUCGCCGCGUCUCCUGUUAGUACCUUUUAUGUAGGGAAGCUAAUGAUCCAUCAUGCAUGACAUUCCUGGGAGUGUGUAAAUUUAAAUGUUUAUUACCAUAGCAUUUUUGUAUGUUCUCUAUAGUUAUGUACUUUAAAAUGUAUCAAUUGACCAAUUCAGCCACUUGGGUACAUUUGGGCAAACUCGUGAGGGACACCUGGGAGACUUCAUACUAAAUAGUAUGUAGCUCUCUCAUUCUUGAAUGUAUCCAUCUGAAAUUUGCACACAAACUGUUGCCCUGUUGUGGACAACAUCUAAUUUUGAAUUUCAAAUAUGAUGGAUCAAAAAUAAAAAUAGAAACGCAUGUUUUUUUGUUUGAUCUUUGACCAGAUCUAUUGUGUUAUAUUCUCCUACAUUAGUUUCACAUCUCCACAGACUUCAGUGUUUCCUUUCAAAUAGUAUCAAGAAUAUGCAUAUCCUUGCUUCAGGUCCUGAGCUACAGGCAGUUAGAGUUGGGCAUGUCAUUUUAGGCAGAUAUUGAGAUGAAGGGUCCUAUCCAGAAGAGGUUAACAUAAUAGCUACACUCACCGACACAGGAUAAACUAUCCCUCAUGCUGGCCCUGACCAAACCAGUCAGUUUCCCCUCACUAUAGCUCCACUUCUCCACAUGGCCAGACUUAUUGUGGUCUUCUCCCCUUUUAAUGCUCAUCCUUGAAAAAUGCCAUAAGGUCUGAAUUAGGCACCAAAGUAGACAUACUGUACAAACAAUUAUCUAGGCUAAGUAAAAUAAAAUUAUGUUUUGAUAUACUGCUCUGCUUACUAGCUAGCUAAAGUGUAGUCAGUGUCUUGCUAAGACCGAGAAAGGGGAUGUAAGAAGUUCAGUGCUGGUGAACAGUAGCUGACAGUGUCGGCUAGGGAUGACGUGCAGGAGCUUCUGAAACCGCCAAACAGCCUACUCGACCACUCUGAGGCGUCCGCAUGGUCCUAAAGCACACGGAUGGCACUUUUUGUAUCUCAGUACAGUUAUAUAUCUUGGAGGGACAAAAAUGCAAUUUCAGAAUGUUUGGGAGUCAUGUCCCCCCCCCGUCCCCAGUGAAAGUUGCGCCCCUGGUUCUAUAUUAUCUCAUGACAACACUGCUUCUUUUCUCUCUUCAUAUUAUGAGCUGUAUCCUUCUUUUCCUUGUAUUGAAUUUCACUUUAAAACCACUCUUUCACUCUCUUCUAGCCAUCAGUGUGGGGGUCCCUGCCCCCCCUCCCAUCCCUGAGAAGGCCCCUGCCCCGAGGAACCUCACCGAAGAGACCGUACAGCCCCCUGUUGCCCCCUUUGACAACCCAACUGACCAUUCUCACACACCCAAUACUGCAGUCCUCAUACACAAAGCUCCCACCACCACCACCACCCCCACCCCACCCCACACACACCUGUCCACCACACCACUCCAUCGAGCCAUUCCCUUCAUCCCUCCACCCAUCAUCCCAAAACCCACUCACCCACCACCACCGAUUCCCCAGCUAAACCAGCCCCUACUAGGCCUGAGACCACCACUAACACCACCUCUGCCCCCCAGCCCAGCUCAACCCCCAGCCCUAACCCAGAGACCUCUACCCAGCCUAAACAGCCCCUCAGUCCUCAUCCUACAACCACUACCACCACCUCUCCCCCAGCUGAACCUACAUCUGAGUCCCAGCCCCAGACCUCCAGCACCACCCAGCUUCCCCCGGCCUCCACCCCAGCCAGCAGCCCUCCAGCCCAGGCUAAAACACACGCCAACACCCCCUCUCAGCUCAAUAUGGUGAAUGGUGAGUAGAUGGUUUCUUUGUGCGGUCAUGCAUGUGUGUGUGUGUGUGUGUGUGUGUUAUGUUGCUAUGGGAGAGUGUUUUGUUAUUUGUUAUCAAACAGCAGCAGCCACAGAACAGCCUCAAAGUGUCGGGCAUGGACUACAAGGUGUCGAAAGCGUUCCACAGGGAUGUUGACCCAUGUUGACUCCAAUGCUUCCCACAGUUGUGUCAAGUUGUCUGGGUGUCCUUUGGGUGGUGGACCAUUCUUGAUACACACGGAAAACUGUUGAGUGUGAAAAACCCAGCAACGUUGCAGUCCUUGACACACUCCAUGUCUCAAUUGUCUCAAGGCUUAAAAAUCCUUCUUUAACCGGUCUCCUCCCCUUCAUCUACAAUGAUUUGAAGUGGAUUUAACAAGUGACAUCAAUAAGGGAUCAUAGCUUUCACCUGUAUUCACCUGGUCAGUUUAUGUCAUGGAAAGAGAAAGUUCUUCAUGUUUUGUAUACUCAGUAUAUACAGCGCAUUCGGAACGUUUUCAGACCCCUUGACUUUACAGCCUUAUUCUAAAAUUGAUUAAAAACUAAAAAAAUCCCUCAUCAAUUUACACACAAUACCCUAUAAUGACAAAGUGAAACUUUUUUUUUGUGCAGAUGGAUUAAAAAUAAAAAACGGAAAUACCUUAUUUACAUAAGUAUUCAGACCCUUUGCUAUGAGACUCAAUAUGUAGCUCAUGUGCAUCCUGUUUCCAUUGAUAAUCCUUGAAAUGUUUCUACAACUUGAUUGGAGUCCACCUGUGGUAAAUUCAAUUGAUUGGACAUGAUUUGGAAAGGCACACACCUGUCAAUAUAAGGUCCCACAGUUGACAGUGCAUGUCAGAGCAAAAACCAAGCCAUGAGGUCAAAGGAAUUGUCCGUAGAGCUCCGAGACAAGAUUGUGUCGAGGCACAAAUCUGGGGAAGGGUACCAAAAAAUGUCUGCAGCAUUGAAGGUCCCCAAGAACACAGUGGCCUCCAUCAUUUUUAAAUGGAAGAAGUUUAGAACCACCAAGACCUAGAGCUGGCUGCCCGGCCAAACUGAGCAAUCAGGGGAGAAGGGCCUUGGUCAAGAACCCAAUGGUCACUCUCUGACAGAGCUCCAGAGUUCCUCUGUGGAGAUGGGAGAACCUUCCAGAAGAACAACCAUCUCUGCAGCACUCCACCAAUCAGGCCUUUAUGGCAGAGUGGCCAGAUGGAAGCCACUCCUCAGUAAAAGGCCCACUUGGAGUUUGCCAAAAGGCACCUAAAGGACUCUCAAACCAUGAGAAACAAGAUUCUCUGGUCUGAUGAAACCAAGACUUCAACCCGAUGGACCAUCUCUUGAGAGACCUAAAAAUAGCUGUGCAGCGACGCUCCCCAUCCAACCUGACAGAGCUUGAGAGGUUCUGCAGAGAAGAAUGGGAGAAACUCUAAAUACAGGUGUGCCAAGCUUAUAGCGUCAUACCCAAGAAGACUCGAGGCUGUAAUCGCUGCCAAAGGUGCUUCAACAAAGUACUGAGGAAAGGGUCUGAAUACUUAUGUAAAUGUCAUAUUUUAAAAAUGUGUGGUAUUGUGUGUAGAUUGAUGAGGGAAAAAAACAAUUUAAUCAAUUUUAGAAUAAGGCUGUAACGUAAUAAAAUGUUGAAAAAUUCAAGGGGUCUGAGUACUUUCCGAAUGCACUGUAUAUAUUGUCAAAUAAAUAUAUAAUUGUAUUUCAAAACUAACAGUAAACAAUGUUUUAUAGCUUAUUAUAGUUAACAUUAGCUAGCUAACUAGAGCGUGAAAAACCCAGCAGAGUUGCUGUUCUUAACACACAAACCGGUGGGUCGGGCACCUACUACCAUACCCAGUGCUUAAUUUGGGAUCCCGGCACCUCUCAGUUUUGGACUGUUUUGUUCCAGAACCCAUUUGCAUGGAACCGGUACCUCACGUAGCAUGAAAAAUAAUUUUCACUCUUUGCUAUGUAAAAAUGAUAAUAAAAGCAAUCAGAGUUAAUUAAAGUAGCCUCCUCUGUAAUUCUCCUGUCCCCUAAAAAACGUAAUUUGAAAACGUGCCUGAUAUUCUAAUAAUUCAUUUGUGUUGGGCCGGCUCGGGUUUAUGGUUUGCGCAACAUUGUAGCCUAUAUAGACCAACCGUGGCCAUUGCUGUGGUGAGAGAGAGACAGAGAGAAGUGCCCGCCUGUAUCUCUCACAGAACUAGAAUCUCUCUCCCUCUCUCUGCUCUGAUAGACAUAAGCCUGCAACUCUCAUCUCUCCAACGUUGCACUUAAUCAUUAGUUCCUUGAAGAAUCAUAGCUUAGCCGCUGGAAGGGUGCUGGAGGUGCUGCAGCACCCCUGAUGAAUUGAAAUACAUUUGCCAAAGUUAUAGAAUUACUGCUGUCUGUUCAGAAAGAAAUUAUAGGCCUAUAAUUUAGCCACAGAGGAUCAAUGGCAUAUAUAUUUUUUUAUGUGUGCAGCCCGAUCACAAGGCAAGCCUACAGUCGGGAACGCGCAGCAAAUCUGUCAGUGAACAGCAUGCAGCCAAAAUAGGCCUUUCGCAAUAUUUCAAAUUGGAACACAGAUUGGAAAGCAAAUGGCUCCUGCUGAAAAGAGAACUAAUCUAUCUGUAGGCUACCAAAUAUGUUAUCAACUUCCAAAUAUGCCUAUUGAGCGAAGAGCAUUGUUUUAAAACGAGAGAGACAUGCUUUUGGCAAGAAUGCAUCGGUCAUCGCCGGUGAGUGAGCUGCACAUCACCCUCAGAAUGGCACACAUACAAAAUCCACAUCUCAAUUGUCUCAAGGCUUAAAUAUCCUUUACCUGGUCAGUCUAUGUCAUGAAAGAGCAGGUGUUCCUUAUGUUUUAUACACUCAAUGUAUGUUGUACUGUAUAUGUGUAUAUAUAGUAUAUGUUCCCCUAACCCCAGCAGGGGAGCCAGUGUUCCAUAAUGGCGCUCCUGCCCUGGACCCUCUCCUAGCUGGACUAGUGUCAGCCUUCACUGUCACUGCAGCCAUCAUCACCCUGCUCCUCUUCAUCAAACUGCGACGACGGGACCAACGGCCUGAGUUCCUCAGGCUCCAGGACCUGCCUAUGGUGAGACAGUAGAACACAAGUGGUUAGGUGAAGAGUUAGCGUAAUGCUUAACAGUAAUGAGACCUGAAGACUUGUGAUAGCGUUAGGCUUGUUUUGUGAGCUAUUACGCUAAGUAGGCAUUGUUAGCAUUUACUUCACUCACCGCCUAUCAUCCUGCUGACAUCCUUUGCCAUCCCUGUUUAGGAUGAUAUGAUGGAGGAUACUCCCCUGUCCAUGUACAGCCUCUGA